GGGGUGCAGGGGUGGGAGCGCACUGAACUCCAAGGUCCUGGAUCCCUGGACCUGCAGCUGGCCUGGCCCUCUCCCAGGUCCUUCACUUCCCCCGGCUUCAUGUGACUCACGCGGACCUGUGAGAGAGCGGAUGCCAACCCAGGCAGCAACACGACAGAAGACAGGAGAACUUCCAAGGAGAGAGAGGAGGGGGAUGGUGGCAGACGUGGACUUGAACCCAGAGAAGCAGAGCCCAGCACCCGGAGCCCCCACUCCUGGUUCAUCAUUCUGCCUCAAGCCCAAGGGCCCGCACCACUGAAGAGGAUAGAGAGCUGAGCCCUGCCUCCUGGCCCUGGGUUAAGGAGGACAUUUCAGAGGGGGCAGCCCGCACCCCCAUGCGUGACUGGCUAUGAAAGGGGUUAAAGUUCACUGGGAGGAAAGGAGGGGGCGGGAUCAAGUCGGGUGUGGACAGAGGCGAUUUAAGAGUGGAGGGCGCCACCCCCCAACACACCAGAGCUGCAGGGCACCCUGAGCUGCCCCCAGCGCCAGACAGCCAUCUUCCUCCAGUGGCACCCAUCUCUGGCGCCUGAACUGCAGAGGGAUCACCCAUUCUGCCCACCGCAGCCUCAUCAUGGACAGCACCAGCAUGGCCAUCCUGCUUCUGAUCCUGGCUUUCAUCUACCUGCUCCUGACCAUGGGCUCCAGGGGCAAGGGCCGGCUGCCCCCAGGCCCCAAGCCCCUGCCACUGCUGGGGAACCUGCUGCAGCUGCGCUCCCAGGACAUGCUCACCUCCCUCACCAAGCUGAGCAAGGAGUACGGCUCCGUCUAUACUGUGUACCUGGGGCCCAGGCGGGUGGUGGUCCUCAGCGGGUACCAAGCUGUGAAGGAGGCCCUGGUGGACCAAGGGGAUGAGUUUAGUGGCCGCGGUAGCUAUCCUGUCUUUUUCAACUUCACCAAAGGCAACGGCAUUGCCUUCUCCAAUGGGGACCGCUGGAAGGCCCUCCGCAGGUUUUCCAUGCAGAUUCUCCGGAACUUCGGGAUGGGGAAGAGGAGCAUCGAGGAGAGGAUUUUGGAGGAAGGCCGCUUCUUGCUGGCAGAGCUACAGAAAACCGAAGGCAAGCCCUUCGAUCCCACGUUCGUGCUGAGCCGCACCGUGUCCAACAUCAUCUGCGCCGUCAUCUUCGGCAGCCGCUUUGAUUACGAGGACGAGCGCCUGCUCACCAUCAUCCGCCUCAUCAACGACAACUUCCAGAUCAUGAGCAGCCCCUGGGGCGAGUUGUACAACAUCUUUCCGAGCCUGCUGGACUGGGUGCCCGGGCCGCACCGACGCCUCUUCCAGAACUACGGGUCCAUGAAGAGCCUGAUCGCUCGCAGUGUCCACGACCAUCAGGCCACUCUGGACCCCGACUCUCCGCGGGACUUCAUCGAUUGCUUCCUCACCAAGAUGGCCCAGGAACAACAGGACCCGCUGAGCCACUUCCAUAUGGACACCCUGCUGAUGACCACGCACAACCUGCUCUUCGGGGGCACUGAGACCGUGAGCACCACACUGCGCCACACCUUCCUGGUGCUCAUGAAGUACCCCAAGGUGCAAGCCCGCGUCCAGGAGGAGAUUGACCGCGUGGUGGGGCACUCGCGGCUGCCCACGCUGGAGGACCGCCCCGCCAUGCCUUACACGGACGCGGUGAUCCACGAGGUGCAGCGCUUCGCCGACAUCAUCCCCAUGAACCUGCCCCACCGUGUCAUCCGCGACACUGACUUCCGAGGCUUCCUGCUACCCAAGGGCACUGACGUCAUCACCCUUCUCAACACGGUCCACUAUGACCCCAGCCAGUUCCUUACACCCAAGGACUUCAACCCUGAGCACUUCCUGGAUGCCAACCAGUCCUUCAAAAAAAGCCCCGCCUUCAUGCCUUUCUCAGCAGGGCGCCGGCUGUGCCUGGGAGAGUCGCUGGCGCGCAUGGAGCUCUUCCUCUUCCUCACCGCCAUCCUGCAGAACUUCUCGCUGCAGCCAUUGGGGGAUCCCGAGGACAUCGACCUGACCCCGAUCAGCUCCGGUCUGGGCAACGUGCCGCGACCCUUCCAGCUGUGCGUGCGCACGCGCUGAUGGCCGCCCAGUGCUGCCUCUGUCCCUCUGCUCCCGCCGCUAUCCAGCCCCUGCCACUUGGCUGUCAACCUCCUUGCCUACACGAUGCACCUGUCAUCUAUCUGUCCCCAUCUGGGUCUUCUUGCAGGACAAAGCAAGAGGCGGAGAUGGAGGAACGUCUUCUUGUGCCCAUACAACUUGCUCCCCGAUGUGACCUUUCUGGGAGGCUUUUUGUAUCAUUUUCUAAUAAAUUUAUAAUAGAUUCAA